CCGCCCCCUAGAAGCGGAUACAGCCAAUGGGGCGCGCCGGUCCCGCCCACUCCGUGGGGGCGCGGCCAAUCGGGACAAAGAUGGCGGCGCCGGUCCGGGACCGCGAGGCGCUGCAGCGGCUCAACUUCCUCUUCCAGGCCGCACACUGGGUGCUCCCCCACAGCCCGGCCCUGGCCCGGUUCUACUGCAGUACCCAGCGAGGGGCCGCCCGCCGCCUGGUCCUGCGCAUGGCCCCCUCGGUGAAACGCACCGUGUGCCGCCGCUGCUGCUCCCUGCUGCUGCCCGGGUCCGGGGGCUGCCUGCGCCUGCGGGGGGGAGGGCAGCCCCGCAUCGUCCUGCGGUGCCGGAGCUGUGGCCGCAGCCGCCACUACCUCUGCCAGCAGGAGCUCCGCCCCCUCGGCCAGACCCCGCCCACCGGCCCCGCCCCAGAGGACAGCCCGGUAUAAACCCUACCUAGCAACAGAGCGGUGACACGACCUCCGAUUCGUCCCCGUGGAAGCCGCCUCUAACCAAUUGGAAAACACCAGCUGCAGAAAUAAACCUUUUAUUCCAUA